CUUGAACGUAAACUUGUCGAUGCCUUCUCGGAACAAACCUCCUUAUCCCCCGCCAUCUUCCACUCAAUAUAAACGCACGUCUCCACGUUCUUUCAAACUCAUCGCUUCCCCAUUUCCUCUCAUCACUUACCAUUCUUCCGAUUCCUUGUUAUGAACUACAAACCUUUGACCUCGCCUAUCGCCGCCGCUCACCUCCGGUGACCGACACAAAGACGUUAAUCAGAAAUUGGUGGUUUGUUCUUUACUUAUAGAAGCAUUUGCCAAGAGAUUGAUUAUGUUGACGAAGAAGAAUAGCCGGAAAAACCAAGAAAAGAACAACAAGGGGAGAUUAACAGAGAAAGCUAUGUCGUUUCACGGUCAGUCUGCUGAAGAAAUGGUAGGAAAACUACGGAGGCCGAGAACGGUGCCGGAUUUGAUUUCCGGGACCGGUAGGGUUGCUCCGCCGGUAGAGAUGGUGCGUCCGAAGCUGACGAAGCUACUGCUUAACGUGACGGUACAGAGAAGCUUAGGUCCAUUGCAGGUUCUGAUUUCGCCGGAGUCGACCGUCAAUGACCUUGUCGCCGCCGCUCUACGGCAAUAUGCUAAAGAAGGAAGACGACCGAUCUUACUGUCACUUGAUCCUUCUGGUUUCGGUCUCCAUUACUCUCAAUUUAGCUUAGAAAGUUUGGAUCCAGAUGAAAAGUUAAUCGAGUUGGGUUCAAGGAAUUUCUUUCUCUGCCCUAAACAACCUGCCGCCGCCGCUGCCGCCGGAAACGGUGAUGACGAUGGUAGACUCCGAUUUGACUAUGCGACAUCUUCUACUUGCUCGAAUGAAGCAGAUAAAUUAGUAGCGAAAAGUGGUGUAGGUUGGCUUCGAUUCAUGAACUUCUUGCAGUAAAUAAUAGUCUUAUAUAUAGAUUCUCAAUGGAUUCUACUAUUUUUGUUUUAGGGUUGAUUAGCACGACCAUAUCAAGUUCUCAUGAAGAUAAGAAUGUUGAUGAUUAGGCUUGUAAUUGUUGUAUAGUUGUGGAGUAAUUUCAUUUUAUUUAUAUAUAAGUUGUAUUAUAAUUAUGUGCUUAAAUUAUUUUUAAUUCACCUCGUUUUCUCA